UCCUCUUAAGCGAGCCGCGGGAAGAUGCGAAGAUGAACCCUCUGACUAAGGUGAAGCUGAUCAACGAACUGAAUGAGCGAGAGGUUCAACUUGGGGUGGCAGAAAAGGUGUCUUGGCACUCGGAAUACAAGCACAGCGCCUGGAUCUUCGUUGGAGGGCUUCCUUAUGAACUGACAGAAGGAGACAUCAUCUGUGUGUUCUCACAAUAUGGGGAGAUUGUCAACAUUAAUCUUGUGAGAGACAAGAAGACUGGGAAAUCCAAAGGAUUCUGUUUCCUGUGCUAUGAAGACCAGAGGAGCACAGUUCUGGCUGUUGACAAUUUCAAUGGAAUUAAGAUUAAAGGAAGAACUAUCCGUGUGGACCAUGUGUCAAACUACCGGGCUCCUCAGGAAUCAGAAGAUGUGGAUGAUGUGACUAGAGAGCUCCAAGAGAAGGGCUGUGGGGUUAAAACACCCCCAUCAAGCCCUCCUGAAGUCUCUGAAGACGAAGAUGCCAAGCUCACAAAAAAGCACAAGAAAGACAAAAAAGAGAAAAAGAAAAGAAAGAAAGAAGAAGAGAAGACUGAACGCCAGGUCCAAGCAGAGCAGCCGUCCUGCUCCAGAAGCAUGACAGUGAAGGAGAAGGAUGGGCAUAGUUCCAAGAAGCACAGCAGCCAGAGCUCGGAGAGAGCACAGAAAUCAGAACACAGAGAGAGGAGGAAGAGUCACUCGGGCUCCCCUGAAGUCAGGAGUUCCUACCAUGGGAGGGCAGAGGACCCUGAGUGCAAGGCAAAGAAAGAGAAACCCAAGCAUGAGCACAAGGCCUCCAGCAGGAGGGAGGCCGAGGAAAAGAGCAGAGAUAAGGACAGAGGGAGGAGCUCAGGGACUCAUUCCAGCAGGCACAGUGGGCAUUCUGAUGGGCGGAGUCAUAGAAGUAGAAGUAGGAGUCCAGAGAAGUCCCAUAGGCACAAAAAGUAUAGGCACUCUCGGGAGCGGGAGUCCUACCAUGGCAGUGACCGGAGACAUUACUGAAGCCUGUUUCAGCUGAAUUUUGUUGCAUAAUGUCAGUUUCUCUUUGUUAUUUCUAUAUAUAAAGAUUCAGGGGUUGAAUUCUUUCAAUCCCUUACCUGACAGAGUUGUUGAAAAGACUAUAGUUUCAAUAGCUAGAUAUCUAUAUUAAAAAACAAAACAAAACCAAACAUGAUCCAUUGUAUCUGGGAAAAUAUUUAGUAUUGACCAGAGUAUGUGCCUAAAAUUUGGUUUGUAAAUUUGACCCUUAAACCCACAAACCUCUGAUUGAAGAUGAGAUUGCCAGGGAAGUCAAAACACAAGGCAGUGCUGGAGUUCUAGUCUCCAUGUUAGAUAUUUAGAGCCCAGCACUGUAGGAACCUACCAGAUGGCAGGUACAACUGUGAAGAGAUGUAGCUCCUGAGAUUUGAAGAGCUUAGUAAGAAUGUGAUAGGAUUCCUAAGGCCAGCCAGUUCCUUUCCUUUGCAUUCCUUUCCUGUCCUCUUGCCAUGCUAAGGAUGGAACCCAGGCCUUUGCACAUGCCAAGUGCUCUGCUACUCAGCCAGAGCCCAGUUCCCUUUAUUUGGUUUUUAGUUUUUGAUGGUUACAGACA